CUCAAAAGUCCUGAAAAUUCGUUCAGGAUAUGUAGGUCGUUAUUGAUUACAAAUUUAUCUACGCAACAAAAGUGUUUUUGUUAGACUGAAAGUGUAAAUAAUCACCAAAGAUAUUUUUGCAUUGAAUUGUAUACAUUUGGAACAUGCCUCAGAAUCCUGAGGCCAAUCCUCAGUUGGAUGUAUUUUUAAAAACAUGCAAGCUAUUUGCACUACUGGCUUUUCUUGCUUAUACAGGGUGUUAUUUAUUCGCAAAACCAAAAGUAAAUAAUGAAAAUACAGACAAUAUUUUGGAUAACAUAAUUGAAGAUAAUAAUAAUAAUAAUAUUAAAAAUGAUACUGUUAAGAUAGAAAAAUUAGUCAAGAAAAUUGUGUUACAACCUUCUAGUUCAAAACUGCAUAUACUUGAGUUUUGGAAGGAGGCAUCAAUGGAAGUGUAUAGGAAGAAUAGUUUUUGUAAACCUGGUGAUAAAUUGAAGGAAAAAAAGAAGACUGAGAAACGCAAAGAAAGCGACACCUCGAUGCAGAUUUACGUUGUUGGAGCCUUCGUCCUCGUCAUGGUGUGCAUCGUUAUGGACUUGAUGGACUUCAAGGGAGCAGCAAAGCGCGCCAAGGUUCCACUCAGUCGAAAAUGCUCUCUAGCCGAUUUGACGGUGUUGAAGCACCAGAGAAAAGAGCUGGUGAGGAAGGAUUCAAUUUUGGAAACGCCCGAGGAGCCGACUUCCUACAAUCAAAUGGGUACUAUUCGCAAACCUCCGCCGUUACAACGACAACGCUCCUUUCCACUCACAAACCCCAGGUUGCAGCACCAGUUCAACAGCACCGAUAUACCUCUGAAUCCCACGGAUAGCCUCGUUCGCAGGCCCUCGAUCAUCCCAGAGGAGGCUAGACGGCAAUCGAUAGUGUUGGAAUCUAGAAGGCUCAGCCUGGUGCCUGAUUCGAGAAGGUCGCCCAUAAGGCAGCUCGACAAGAGGAGGUUGUCUUUGUCUUUGCACGAGACUAGAAGCUUGGAUUCCGAACUGAUCGGCAAAAAGCAUCACAUUAGGUUUGUGCACAGGCAUUAAAGGCUGAUGGAGGUAUUUAAAAGAAGUGGGGAUACAAUAAUGACGAUGUAUUAUGAGAAUUUUAUUUGGGAUUUUGUUACUUUUUAUUUUUCGACUUCAAUGUACCGGAAGUACUAGGAAAAAAAGUAGCCUAUUUACUGAGAUAUUUCAAAGUUAACUUAAGACAAUUAAAAACCUAAAUAAAAUUUCCAUGGUAAAAUGAAAAGUAUACAAUUGGCUUAAAAUAAUUAUUUGGUCGUCUACUUUAUUCUUGACUGACAUUUUCAAUGCCACAAUUUCAAAUAAUAUUAAAUUAAAUUAUAUUGACCCCACAAUCUACACAACAAGGUCUGUUCUAUCUCAUGCUAAAAAUACUAAAAAUCACUGCAACACUGCACAGAGUUUAACGGCGGCCAUCUUUGUUGUUUACAAUUCUUGUGCUUUGGGUUUGUGCUGUUUAUUAAUUGUUUUUGCUGUAAAUUAUUUGCUAGGAGGUAUUUUUAUUAGGAUUUCUUGAAAAUGUUUACUUGCAGAAGAUAGAAGAGUUUUGAAAGGCAAAAAUUAAUAGUUUUUGUGUUUCUUACAGAGGCACUUGUAAGCCUCAAAUAAGGCCUUUAAGUACUAACGACAACCAUUUUACUCCUCUUUUAUAAUAAAUAUAAGGUAUUCUAUCAGGGCUGUCAAAUGACAAUUUGAAGGUUAAUUUGUGGGUUAUAAUUUAAC